UCCAGUAAAUCGUACAAGAAAAACUCUCCACCAUGCAGCUCGCUAUCGUCCUGUUCGCCGUUGUUGUGGCCGUCAGCGCACACCCUGGUCUGAUCGACCCGUGGGCGGCACCACAGGUGGUCGCUGCUCCCGAGCAUCACUACGUCGGGGUUUCUCACGCAGUGGCGCAUGCUCCGGUCGUUCAUCCCCAGUACGUAAAAGUCGCCCAACCAGCCCCGAUUCCGGCCCUGCACCCGCAGCCUCUGAACAUCAAAGUGCCCCACACGCAGUCCGUCAGGCUGCCCGUUGGCCACGUCCACAUCAGUCAUCCCCAUCUGAUCGGCGUCGAGGUUUCACAUCCGGAACCCGAGCCAGUCAUCGCCAAGCAUGUCGUCCACAAGACGGUUCAUGCCGCACCAGCCCAUCCCUGGUAAAUUAGGGAUUAAUUAAACCACCGUCUAAUAAACGAGUCCCCGGCUUUUCACUAACGUUAGACAAAUCAACGCCCUACGUAUGAAUAAUCACCUGGAUGUAUGUUGACUUUUUGUAUUUACUUUUAUUUAUCAAUACGGCCAGAGUAUUUUGGAAGAAUUGAAUAAAUUUUAUCAGCGAAAAACAUUGCAACAGCUAUUGGAGUUGAAUUUCGUAUAGCAUCGAUAAUAUUAUAAUCAGUUUCAAAAGAUAUUCACUGGUUUAGUUUUACUCGAGAAGAGGUAAAGACGAAGGAAUAAGUCAUCUUCGGAAAAAUCUUGCAGUUGAUGCUAAUAGUUGGAUUAUUAUUAUGAAUAUUAUUAUUAUUAAUAUAAUUAUAAAUACUCCUUGUUUUUCUCUCUCGCAAAUGAAUGAUUAUGUCACAGCUACAAUCACGGCGUGGAAAAAAAAGAAUAAAAAUUUCAUCAGCGUAAACUUCGAAGAACUCUCCGUUUCCUAGGAAUUAUAAUAUACAGUAUAAGAGCGUUAAUUAAUGUCGCGCGAAUCGUGUGAAUAAUCCAGGGACUGCAGACCAGGCACUCAAACUAAAAAAAAUCUUUAUUUCUUAAAAAAAAAAAAAAAAAAAAAAUCAUAUAUGCAUAAAAAAAAUUUCAAACUAAAAA